AUGUCCUCUUCACAAGACCCCCACCGUGAGGCAGACCAAGAUGCCUACAUUGAGGCCGACGAGGCGGAAGAAAUCUUCACUCGCGAUGAAGACCAGCCUAUGGACUCGGAUCCGGAGGACGAGGACCAAGCCAUGACAUACGACGACCAAGAAAUUACAUUGCAAAACGACUCUUCCGCUCACUUCGACGGCCACUCAGACUCCGUAUUCUGCGUAGCGCAACACCCGGUUCACAACAAUAUCGUUAUCACCGGAUCUGGCGACGAUACCGCCUACAUCUUCGAUUCGACGCCUCGCGACGAGCGGCCUGUCCUCCCCCAGAGCUACGAGUCGAAUCCGCAACCAAAGGGUGAACGGACGUCGCUGACGCCUAUUGCCAAGCUGGAUGGGCACACGGAUACCGUCAAUGCGGUCACAUUCACCGAACCGAGAGGAGAAUACGUCGUGACGGCGGGCUUGGACGGUCGGCUGCGGGCAUGGCGCGAUAACUCGCCCCAGUUGACGGGACUCUCGUGGGAAUUUGUCGCGGAGUCUCAGGAGGUGGAGGAGAUCAACUGGGUUGCCGUUUGCCCCUGUCCCAAUAACGACGAGGAGAAGCGAAAUGUCAUCGCUCUUGGUGCGAACGACGGCAGCGCCUGGGUCUUCCGUAUUAACCACAACGAUUCCGCCGAGCCCAUCUCCAUGAUUCAGACUUUCUUCCAGCACACUGCGUCCUGCACGGCUGGUGCGUGGACUCCUGAUGGUAAUCUGCUCGCUACCGUCUCCGAAGACGGUAGCUUCUAUGUAUACGAUGUCUGGGGCGCCGCCGCGGCCGCCGGUAUUUCCUAUUCCGCCGGUACCAGCGCUGUCGUCGGCCUGACCGCCGAGGAUCAGCGCUUCGCCGUCGAUGGUGGGUUGUACUCCAUCGCGAUCUCGCCAGGCGGUGGUAUUGCCGCUGUUGGAGGAGCCGAGGGCCACAUCAGGGUCGUCGGUCUUCCUCGUCUUGUGUCCGCCGGUGCCAAAGCUAGAGGGCCUGCCAACCAAGCCGCAAGUGGUGCCUCCGCUGCCGGUACGAUCAUGGCCUCGCUGCAGGCUCAGACCGAUGGCAUCGAAACGCUCUCUUUCUCCUCUCCUCCAUUGACCCUUCUCGCCGCUGGCUCGGUGGACGGCUCAAUCGCCCUGUUCGACGCCGCGCACCGGUUUGCCGUACGUCGGCAUAUCAAGGACGCGCACGAGGGCGCUGCGGUCGUCAAGGUUGAGUUCCUGCAGACAAAUCUGGCCGCUCUCGCGAGUCGCCCCGCUGCUGCGGCUACGCAGGGACGCCCGUGGCUUCUCACCUCCGCCGGCAUGGACGGCGUCAUCAGACGUUGGGAUGCUCGCGGCGGAACUGCGGCUGCAGCGGAAGGGUUAUUGAAAGAGUGGAAGGGCCACUUGGGCCUCGUGGAGAAUCCAGAGGGGGAGCAGUCGGGAGGCAUUAUGGGCUUUGUUCAAGGGUUUGAUGGGAAGCGGGUCGUGACCGCUGGUGACGAUGGUGUUGCGUUGGUUUUUGAGGAAUAA